AUGCUUCCUGCUCUUCCCGCUUCCGAUCCUCUGCAGGGAAACACAUUCCCCGCGUUGGACUAUGCUUUCACGCCCUGGGAUGGGCCUGAAUUUUCGGCCCUCAAGCCCACUAGCCCCAACCCAGUCACCUCCAGUUCCGGUUCGGACGACCCCAAUCGAUCCCCUGCAGACGAAAAUCUGGUGUUGGACCAGUCGAACCGGGCUGUGUCCGUCAUGGAGGAACGAAAACGAAGGAGAAUGAUAUCGAACAGGGAAUCUGCCCGAAGGUCACGCUUGCGUAAACAGAGACACCUAGACAACUUACGGAACCAGAUGAACCUGUUUAGGGUUGAAAACCGAGAACUGAACAACGGGUUGCAGUUCCUCCUUCACCACUGUAACCGUCUACGAACUGAAAACGAGUGGCUCCGGUCCGAACGAACCCUGCUCCGCCAAAAACUGGCCAACAUAAAUCAAAUUAUGCUUUUCCAACAAUUGCAACCAUUUUCCACUGCAUGGCCGUGCAAUAUCGUCAUGACAGAAUAA